UAGGCUCAGCCCAGCAUGGUGCAGCCAGCCAAUCACCUCACCUCUCCCUGCUCACUGCGCGUCCCCGGUACAUUCCCAGCGGCUGGCCAGCGCGCACUGUUCCUUGCCUUUCCGGGCACUAGCAGCAGCAUUCCGCAACAGGUGUGUCGUGAGCGGCGGGUGCGCGCUCUCAGGUGUGUCGUGGGCGUCGGGUGCGCGCUCCCAGGUCUGACCAUGGUAGAUUCUGGCCCCUAUCCAAGUGAUGGGGAGAAUCGUGCCCCCAGAAAACCGAGAUACGAGAAGAGAAGUGGCCAUAGUGGUACCCGUGACAGCAACCCCGAAACUCAGAACGGAUAUAGCAAUGAGAAGAGUGAGAGCAGGCACCAGCAUGAACGCAGUCGGAGCCGGCAUCAAGACAGAGAAGACCGCAGGGAAGAGAGGCCCCAUAGUAGGCACCAUGAAGACAGGAGUCACAGCCGACAUCAGGAGAGGGACCAACAGUAUGAGGGGAAGGAGCAGAGUAGAAACCAGCGGGAAAAAAGAAGGGAUGGCUAUAAGGAGAGAGAUAGGUACCACGAAGAUAGGAGACAGUCCGAGAGGAGCCGGAGCCACCACGAGGAAAGAGACAGUUAUAGCACAGAAAAGAGUCACUACCAUGAACGAGAUGACUAUCACAAAGAGAGGAGCCGGAGCGGGUUUGAUGAAAAAGAAAGACGUCAAGAACAUUAUGUACACAGCGUAGAACGACAGGGCCAUCCGGGAAAGGACCCAGAACAUUACUACCCAUCUGAGAGAACAUUUGCUCCAAAUGAUGCCCAGAUGAACGACAUGGAAUAUUACGAGCCGGAGUCGGAGGGUGGAAUCCUGAAUUGCCACAAGUGCAAAUACCUGUGCACUGGCCGGGGUGUUCUACAGAUGUUGGAGGUGAUCCUCAACGCUCUGGUUCUGAUUUGUAUAAUCUCCUCUUACUUUGUCCUUUCUGGGUUCAGCGGUGGCAUGGCAAGCGGUGGCUUUGGAGGCGGUUAUUACCCAUUUGAGGGGCAGGAGCUGCAGGAAGUACGUCAGUUGGACCAGCAAUUCACACUGCUCCGGUCUCCCUUGAUAUACGGGGGUCUGACAGUCUCAUUGCUGAUGGGGACCACGACGCUUGCCAUGCUGGCGGCUGGAUCCAAGCACCUGCUGAGCCUCUCUGACAGGUGGCUCCUCUUUGAGGCUGCUUUCAGUUCGGUGGCUUCGUUGGGUUAUGGAGUCGCUGUGGGGGUGUUUCUACACUUCGCUAUCCAAAUUAAUUCCACAGAUGUGUGCAAGAGACGAGAGAGGCUGUACGCCAGGAAUGGCCUCACCUGGAUGAACUGUGACCUAGCAGGGACGGACGGAGGAGCGGCAACCUUUGCUAUCUUAGUGAUUAUAUUAUAUGUGGCAAGCGUUGUGCUAGCUGCACGUGCCUACAGAGAAAGGAGAGAUCUACAACAGUGACCUAAUACCAAUUGCCCAUUCUAUUCGUGAUGCAGAAAGCUUAGUGCAUUAAUACUAAUUGUAGCUCAUUUCAUAUGUAUAGAUAGCUAUUCUUAUAUGGAAGCCCAAGCCAAGACUUAUAUUAAUAGUAUACAGCGGCCCGCCAUGUAUAACCUUUUAAUGGUCAGAACAGAUUAAUCUUAUUUCACAGUCCAGCGGAUAUCACGGAGACAACUGCACAGGACAAUGUAUACACUUUACCAAUUACCCAUUCAGAGUAUUGUAUUGUACUGCCAUUGAGGCAGUGGUGGUGUUAGUAUACAGCACUGUUCUAGCUCAUCUACAAGCCCUAGGAGCACAUGUGUAUGGUCCUUGUUUUUCAGAAGACAGCCCAAUCUCUUAUUUAUCACACCUGUCACCUAUCCACAGUGGAGGCAGCCAGUGUGUGAGCAGAGGUAAUAGUGAUGGGAAUGCAGCCAAUCCAGUCACAAGGGAUUAUUUCCAUGGAGAACGGAGCAUUAAAUUAUGGCACCUGAUGGCUUGCGAGUGCACAGGAUGAGUUCAGUGUUGUCACACAGAGUGCCCUCUAAGCCGCAGAGCUGUGCAACGUACCCAAAAACGGGGGCACCGCCCCAAUUUUCUAGGAGUGCCAAGGCCAGUGUCUGCGUCUACUAAUGCAGAUUUGCUGGCCUCGGCAGAGCAGAAGAUGGGGCCAAUCUGAGAAACCGUAGUUAAAGCCCCAUACACACUAGACGAGAAAGUAAAGGGCCCUACACACUAAUAGAUUUUAAUAAACGAUACGAAUGAGAACGCGUUCAUAUCGUUUAGUGUGUAGGAAUCAAUGAUGAACGAUGUGCGGCCCCGCACUCGUUCAUCGUUGGUGCCCCAUGGCUUAUGCAUGCAGGCCAAUAUGGACGAGAUUGUCCAUAUUUGCCUGCAUUUCUAUGGAGAUCUUUUACAAUCUCAUCCAAUGUGUACACUCAAUGUCGUUAAUGUUGCGCGAUCCCGUGCACGGUUAACGCCCCCCUCCCUCGUCUGAACAUGUACAGACGAGGGAGGUCCUCGUUAACGACAGCUGCAGCAUGGCCGUCGUUCCCCUCCGCUGGCAUCGGCAAGUGUGUAUGCGCUUGCCGAUGCCUGCUCCCCACAGCCGCCAAUAUCGGUGGCGUCGGGGGCUCAGCUAGUGUGUACUGGGCUUUACUCAGAUGGACGAUGCAUCAAACAUCGCAACUAUCGGAUAGCAGCGCUGCGAUGCUGGCAGUACCAGUCUUCUGCACUCCUUCGCCAAUAGCAUAUUUUAGCAUUGUUCCACAUCCAAAGACGCAGCAGCAAUGCAAUUAGAGCCCAUCACUAAAUUAACCACUAGGACCUAUUCACUCCACCUAGUAAGCGGAUAGGCUGCGUCCUCACAUAUAUUGAAUAAACCCAUAUAGUGACUGCCCUCCAGUUUGUAAUUGUCAGUUUCUCCUCAUGAUUUCAAGAAACAUAUAAAUGUUUCCUCUCAAUGCACGAAGAUAGACUUCAAAAAGUAUAUCCUUAACUUUAUCCAUAAAUUAUGUAAUGUGCCUUCUUGUUCACUUCACAUUGCGGUCAAGCCUUGCAACAUUUCAAGCCCUGUGGUAUAAACGUGGGGUGGAAUGGCGUACACACUGAUUUUACAGCAUGAGCCAAAUAUUUAGAAGCAAUAAGACGCAGAAAACAAUAUAAAUCAGGUUCAGUUUUAAUUUAAUUAUAAUUUAAGAGAUUCUCACAGAAGAAUAAUUACCAUAUGUUGUAGGGAGAGAUGAUAUAUUACUGACAUUUAGGUAAAGAGGCUGGGAAUAUUUUCUAGACCAGAAACGUCUAAACCAAACCAAAAUUGUACAUUUAUAUACUGUACACGUUUAUUGCUUUCAAAGAAAAUAAAAUGUUCAAAUAAUGGUGUUAGAGGCGUGUCACAUCUUUAGUC